AUGGACAAGCUGCAGGAGACACUGAUAACCAUGGAAGAUGCUCUGGGCUCCGAACACCCCGCCUGCCUGCCAUCCUGGGACUGGAAAAGCCCGGCCGGGCCUUUCGAGCUGCACGCCAUGUCGCCGCCGCACAGCCUGUCCCCGACGCCGUCCUUCGAGUCCUACUCGUCGUCGCCGUGCCCCGGGCAGGCCGAGGCGCCCUACGGCAGCGGCGGCGGCCUGGCCGCCUACGGGCUGCUGGAGCUGCCGGCCGCGCUGCUGCCCAGCCCCGGGCAGGCCCGGCUGCCCAAGGGCACCAAGGUGCGGAUGUCGGCGCAGCGCCGCAGGAAGGCCAGCGAGCGGGAGAAGCUGCGGAUGCGGACCUUGGCCGACGCGCUGCACACGCUGCGCAAUUACCUGCCGCCCGUCUACAGCCAGCGGGGCCAGCCCCUCACCAAAAUACAGACCCUCAAGUACACCAUCAAGUACAUCGGCGAGCUCACCGAGCUCCUCAACAGCGUCAAGCGCGCCUAG